CGUCAAUUUGAAUCCUGCGAAUAAAUGAGCAAAAAGUUCUCGGGAUCGGAAAAAGCAAAAAGGAGGUGAAAAGAUGGAUAUUCUUCAAGAAAUCGAUGAUUACAUGAAAGAAUCAAUCGACGAAUCCGUAGGGCUUCCAGUAUCCAAUCAGACUUUGCAGCUAAAGCUUCGCGUUUCGGAAGAAGCCCAACGUCGGCUUCGCGGCCAGUACUUGCUUCUUCUUUCAAAAUUGAAUGAGAAAGAUCAGAUUAUCGAAAGCGCUAGGGGGGAAGCAAGCUUGAAUGCUCAGGCACUGAGGAAGUUCGUAGAGGAGAACCAGAAACUGGCCGCGGAGUGUGCGAGCCUUUUGACUCAGUGCAAGAAAUGGGAGAGGGAGUGCUCGCUUUACGAUCACGACCGCGAGGCCUUGAUGGAUUUUGGAAACGAGGCUGAUGAGAGGGCAAAGGAGGCUGAGAUUAGGGCUCGCGACUUGGAGGAGGAAUUGGAAAGGAUGUCUCAGGAAUUGCAGUUCUACAAGCAUCAGUACGACACUCGUGGGGUCGACUCAUCUCCUGAAGUUAUGCCUGCGGAAGAGAAAUUACUUGAGUCAAUUUUAUCAACACUGCCUGGCCAAGAUGAAGUUGUGUCUGGGCAGACAUUCUUGGAGGCAAACAAUGAACAAGAAUCAUGUCAAACUUUGUUAAGAAAGUGGAACUGUUUGAGGCCUACAACUAAAAAGGUCUUGUCACUGGUUGCGGAAGUGAGGACACUUGCUAAAGAGAAGGAGCAACUAAGAAAGAACCUUCAUUUAGCUGAAGCAGAGGGUGAAGUGCUAUACAAAGAAAAUAAAAUAUUAAAUGAGGAGAAUAUGUUGUUGAGACAAUACCACAAGGAACGUAGUCUUCAUGGUUCUGGUGGAAGGCAUGCCAACAGUGCAUCUGCUAAGAAGAACAAACGGAAAUCAAGUCCUAAGAGCAGCAGCAGUCCAAUUGAGAAGAAGCUAGACUUUAAUGAUGUUGAUUCGGUUAGACAUCCUCUAUCACCUUUGCGGUGCAACUCACCUGACUCCAGAAUGCGUAAGAAAUGACAGCUGCCAUAUAUUUAGCAUUUAGUUGUUUCAAUAUCUUUGUAUCUAGGGAUGGAGUUACAAGCCAAUUAAGAGAUGGCUUCCCUGAAGCUAGUUUUUGUUGAUUGUUUUAUAGUAUGGGGAGGUGUUCUUGUUUUUCUUAGUGGGUUAGGUUUAGAUUUCUCUGAUGUAAUGGCAUGUUAUAACUCUCUUACCAGAGAUAUGCAGUAACCAUAAAAGUGGACUUCUGAAACAAAUAUGAGAAAUACAUAAUGUGAUUAUGUUCGGUUGAAAA